CUCCACCGCCCAUGGCCCCUCCGAGCCACUCCGCGUAGGACGAGGAGCAGGAUGGACGUGCUGCGGCCCCCCUUGAUAAGGAUCGGGGGGAGAGUGUACAGGAAGAAUCUCAUCCAAGAGCAGGCCUUCCCACACGAGGAGGAAGAGGACUUCUGUGCAGGCCCCGGUGACUGCGCAGACGAACCCUGCGAUGCCUUUGUGGUGGAGGAGACUGAGCGAGGCUUCCAGUGCCGGGUGGAGGUUCCCAGCCCCUUAUACAAGUACAUCAUUGGGAAGAAAGGGGAAACCAAGAAGAGACUAGAAACAGAGACUCGAACCUCCAUCAGCAUUCCCAAGCCUGGAGUGGAAGGAGAAAUCGUGAUCACGGGGCAGCACCGCAGCGGUGUCGUCUCUGCCCGGACGCGCAUCGAUGUGCUCCUGGACAGCUUCCGCAAGAAGCAGCCCUUCACACACUUCCUGUCCUUUGCUCUCAACCAGCCUGCCAUCCAGGAGAAGUUCCUGCAGUUCAAGGAGGAGGUGCUGGAGAAAUGCUCAAAGGAUCACGGGGUCAGCAGCAGCCUGUUCCAGAACCCUGCAAAGCUUCACCUGACUCUUGGGACGCUGGUGCUCCUGAACGAACAAGAGAUUCAGAAAGCUUGUGACCUCCUGCAGCGAUGCAAAGAGGAUUUUGUGGACCAAAUUACUGGAGGGCAGCCCCUGACUGUGGAGGUGGUGGGAGUGGAGUACAUGAAUGAUGACCCUGCCAUGACGGAUGUCCUUUAUGCCAAAGUCCACAUGAAGGACGGCUCAGACAGACUGCAGAUGGUCGCUGAUCAGCUGGUGGAGCGGUUUGUGGCCUCUGGCCUGAUGCUUAAAGAAUGGGAUAGGGUGAAGCUGCAUGCCACAGUCAUGAACACUCUCUUCAGGAAAGAUCCAAGCGCUGAAGAACGAAACAACACAAUGACUGGUAAAUCAUCUUUCAAGGAGCGGGAGUCAUUUAAUGGCCAAAAUAUCCUCAAGAUGGCUGUAGCAGACUGAUGCUGUGGUGCUUGACCCCUGCAAGUGUCCAGAGAGAAAAGAGGUGCACAGAGGAGCAGAAAUGGAAAACAGCACCGGCUUGUAAACAAAUUUGCAAUCCUC